UAACGACUGGUGCUCUGCUGUCUCAUCUACAACCUAUCCAACCUAUCCAACCAUAAAACUCCCAAGAGUUUGAUACCUACCACUCAGCUGUCUACCCCCAGGCAACCUCAAACAACAUGGGUCCAGCCUCCUCAGAUUCCCGCCGGAUGCAAAGGAGAGAUUCCUCGCCGAGGAGCUCGAGCAAGCGACGGCCCAAGCUGCUGAGAGCAGUCGCGACCGAACCAUCCAUCACCCCCUCCAACGCCAGCCGCAACGCCCUCGCCAGUUCGCACUCGUGCGGACGUGCAACAGACCUAUUGAACCGGGUGGCCUACAUCUCCGGCUCCCCUCCGGACUCGGUCACCCGCUCCGCGUCCCCAUUGUCAGCCCGGUCGCCCAUGUACGACCGCCAGGGAGACCUGUCGUCGUCCCCCAGCAGCCACAGCGAGGGCUUCGAAAAUGAUCACCCGCAUCACCACUCGACACGGUAUUUCAGCUUCCCCAGGUUCGACCUAUACGAGGGCAGCCCGCAAGAGGAAGAGGACAAGGAGGCCGAGAUGAAAUCACCUUGAACUUGAUCCCAAGUCUCUCUUCUUCAUGAACCGAGUCGUACGAACGAAAAGGGGGAGUUCCGGCGCCGAGACACCACGCCAGGUUCGAUCGAGCCCGACUAAUGAGAUGGUGGCAUGACACCUGUCCAGUCGGGCGCGCCACCAUGGGCCAAACCCCUGCCUUGGUUUGCAGGUACUGGUGCAAGGUGUGCAAGGUGCAGCAACAUGUUUGGGCGGCGUACUAUGGGUCUGGAGUUCUUCAACCACGUCAUGGACAGCAGACACUCGGGUUGUUUCCCCGAAAGGUUGCCCUCAGCAAUAUCCAGGGCGGGGACCCGAGUUGCGCACGAGGCAAGGCACGGCACAGGCAGGGAACAUUGCCCAGGUGUGGUGGGGUGUGAAGUGGGUCUUAUCGAACAAAAUCGAGUUGCGAUUGCCCAGCAUGCUGGGCUUGGG